GUCAAAAGGGGGAGGGGGGUGUUGUGAGGACAUGCUGGAUGUGUGUGUGUGUGUGGUGGGGGUCUUUGUGAGUGAGUGAGCGAGGUAGGAGGAGAAGAGGAAUGGGAGGGGGGACAGAGCGUUCUAUUUCUCAUAGACCGACAGCUGCUGUCUUUAAUGCAGACAGAGAGAGAGAGAGCGGGAGAGAGAGAAAGAGAGAGAGAGUGAGGGAGGGCUGUGUGGCGUGAGGCAGUGCGUGCGCUCAGUGUUUAGGUGAAUCCACAGCCCUCUGGCUCACAAGGAUAAAGGAGUCUCUCCAAGGAAGACAGAGAAAAGCAGCACAAGGACUUCUCCCUCCUUUUUUUUAAAAGCACCCUCUACCGCCUUUCUUUCUUUUCAUCCUCUUGCUAGCCACCACCUCCUGGUGCCUGUAUUCUGCCUUUUUUUUCUCUCUCUCUCUCUCUGUCUUUUGUUCCCUGCAUCCAUCUGUGCCCCUCUGUCCAGAGAGAAGGGAAGCGAAGAGAAGAGUCAGAGGCAUCAUCCCUCUCUCCUGCACGCCCAGCCGGUAAGAUGAGCCUCCUCAUUUUCUCUUUUUUAAUCUAUCUCUCCCAGCAUCACUACAUCCUCCCAGCUCUGACAGGAAGGGGCCUAACAGUCCCACCCUGCACCUUAAGGAGAGGCAGGGAGCUGGAAGAGGAGGCUGAGGCUGGAGGAUGGAUGUAGGUUAGACGUCUGAAUGAAACCAGUAGCUAAUUGCUGCUUGAUUUUGGUGGAUUCUUUGGUUUAAAGGACGGGGCCACGGUGGGUGCCUGAGGGUGGAGUGGACUGGAUGUUGAGGGCUAACGCAGGUCAGGAUCUCGGGGGCAGGGAGGGAGCAAUGAAUUUGGCCCGAAUACAUCAAACCCCAUGGGGCUGGUCAACUGGGGCUUGUCCUCUUUCACUGCAGUGCUUAGCCAGAGCUGCACGGUCACUGACACAGUCACACACACACACACACACACACACACACACACACACACACACACACACACACACACACACACACACACACACACACACACACACACACACACACGCAUUAACACACACACAUAUAGCAGGAAUGUGUCAGGAGAAUAUAGUGUUGUACACAUAUGUUUAUGCGUGUGGAUGUGUGUAUGUUUUUAGAUGAUAUGUGACCCAGAACCAUCACAACACAUGCAUCAUGUACCACACUGAUGCACCGAAGUGUGUGUGUGUGUGUGUAUGUGUGUGUGUGAACAAUGUAGAUAAAUCGCAUGUCAAUGGAUCCACCUUGCUUUUUCACCUGCAUUGUCACACAAGCAUUAGAUCAGGAACCAGCAGCAUCACAAGGAACGGUUCAGUAUACAGAGAAGGAAGUGUUUCAGGUGUGCGCUCGUGCUCUGCAAACAGACUGCUAAAAACAAAAGCCCCAGAUUACACUGAUGCCGAUCUGAAGGGGUGGGUGCAUGCGACUCGAGUGGAAAACAGGGAGGAGGGAAGGAGGGAAAAAACUGAAUGGCAGGAUGAAUGAAUGAGGGCUAAGGCUUUUCAGGAUCUCUCUGUUUCUCCAAAUGUCGAAAGGAUUAGAUGUGGAAGUGGUUGCGAGGUGAGCAAAAAGGGUUAAGCAACACGCCGAGUGACUCUGCAGGUCUUUGUGUGGGCAAGGGAGAGAGGGAAUGAGAGAGUGAUGGAUAAAUAUGAAGGUAGAAAGAGAAAGCAUGAUGGAGUGCUGUGUGUGUUUGAGGGUGUAUGGGCGGGCGGACAGAGAGAGAAACAGACAGGAGAGGUGUGUAAUUGAAAGAUCUGGUCGCUGCAUAUCCCCCUGUAAUCUACUCACUCAGGUUAUAAUCCGUGUGAGUAGAUUAAAUGAUGAUUUACGGCCAUGUUGACUUUUAUGACAGGCACACACUCGCAUGGAGACUCACACAAAUACAGUAAUUUAAUAAUAGAUAAUUUAGUUGAAAUGAGGUCAUGCUGCUGUGUCAGUAUCUUAUGUUGUUACAGUUGAAAUCAUGUGGAUAAUAGGAGUGCGUGUUAUCUGCCUGUGGAUAUCCAUUUGCAUGCACAUGCACUCAAGUAUAUUCUGCACAGUGUAUAUGCACACAUACUCAUUUUCAUACACAUAAAUACUAUAUGAAGAUGUACGAAUACACUUGGUAUAAUCUGCCAAACCUAUCAGCCCUUAUAUAGAGUAUGUGUUUUUUUUGUGUGUGUCAGACUCAACAACAGAAACCUCAAUGUACAAUGAAUCAUAUUUAUAUGUAAAUUCUGUACAGGUGUAAAUAUGACUCAUAUACAUAUCUUUUUUACAUCAAAGUUUCUUUUUCUUUUAAUUAUUCUUUUUCUGUAUCUGUAAUAUGGAGCUGUAAGUUUGGGACCAUUAAAGCAACAUCUUAUUUUAUCUUUAAUGUUUUGUAUGGCAAUUCUUUUAAUGCAUAAACGAACAUCUCAAAUUAAAUCAAUCACUAUUUCUACAUUUCUGCUAACACCUGCAAAUAAAGAGCAUCAAUGUUAGAGUUGAUACCUGCCAAGACAGCGAGAUAUUCAGGUCUUACUGUAAUAUAUGUGUAUGUGUAGAAUCAAUUCACAUGCAUGAGUUAAAAAGCAAACUGCACUGAAGCAGCUAAUAUGUCCAGGCGCUAUGCAAACAAGCAUGUUAUUGAUGAGUGUUUGCGUGGAUGUAAGUAUUUCUUCAGUCUCUGAUGGAAUGGUAGCUCCUGUGGUAUUUACUCCACUGUUGCUAGGACACUCCCUUUGAACAUUUUAACCGAGGCUUUUCAUUGGCCUGCUGUGAUGAUGCAAGAUUCCCUCACCCCAAAUCUUUCCUGAGCGCCCAUAGAAACAUGCCCGUCUGCAUUUCCUCCUCUCUGCUCGCUCCCUCUCUGUCACUCUUUGUCUUACACCGCCUUCUCUCUCUCUCUCUCUCUCUCUCUCUCCCUCUCUUAUCCUGUCCAUCAGUAUCUCCCCCUUUCUCGUCAUCUCUCUCGCUCUGUCAUUAACUCAUUAAUUCCCCCCCAGUCAGUAUUUCUUCCCUUACUCGCUUCUCCUGUCAGCCCUCUUUGACUCAAUGUGUUCUGUCACUUCUUUUACCCUCAUCCAGUCAAAAUCCUCCCUUCAAAAUGGUGUUGGCAGCAUGUGGCCGUGUCUUCCAGCGCUACACAAUUGCUGUGUCCUGCUGUCUUGCAGAGGAUUAGCGCUCUGUCUCAUUUUGUCCUAUUUCCUCUGUUCAUUUGAGGUGCAGCAUCUUAUUAUGUUGUCUUUGCAUGUGACAGGAUUAUUAGGUUUGACAAUGCGGAAGACAGGAAUGGGGGGUUGCAUUAAAGGAGGAUAUCUUUACAUUUCUGUUCAUGCACAUCAACUAAUGAAUUAAAUCUUCUCUGCUCAACAUAUACAUUUAUGCAAGGUACACAGUCAUGUUAUCGUUGCAGUUACCCAGGGUUCACACCCCCGGGAUGCCACAUAUUCAGUGCCACAGAAGUAUGAUAUUACAUGUUAGGGGACUGGGAAUAGAGGAUGAGGGCAUGUAAGGUUAGAAGGAGUGGGAAAACAAGAGAAAACAGGAAAAAGAAGGAGUAUUAGCAGUUAUUUUUUCUGUAUUUACCACCUUUCAAACACUGCCAGCACAUUUCAUCAGGUGUAAUGAUGUGAAAUGAUCUCCUCUAGUAGACUAAACAUGGACGAGGUCACAGCAAAACCCAAACUGGCAGUCUGUAAAAAGAAAAAAAGGACCGGCGGGUGACACAAGAGUGUGUGCUGUUUCUUCAAAAUGUCAUGGUUCUCGUCCAGGAAGUGUUUUGUUAAAACAUUUCAAUGCUGAAUUGAUGCAAAUAGCUCACCCUGGAAGAGCAUUUUCAAACCGGAAGUGUUGUGUCGUCAUGGUGAAAGUCAAAGACAUGAGAUCAUCAAUGUUGCAUCAAGGAUCUAAACAUCUUUCAUUUGUUAUCUGAAGAAGUUUUACAGCAUUUUAAAUGGAAUAAUUUCAUUUUGAAAAAAAAAAGCCAUUGCUCAGUCCUGAAUUUACACUUGCCAGAAGAUCAGCAAUGAUUCAACAUCAGAUUGUGGAGCCUUUUCUGCAUCAAAAGCACAUUAAAUAGACUUCCAUUCUUUUUCUGGAAACAGGUGGAUGAGAAACUACAUCCCAUUGCAUCCUUAAAUUGUGCAACCUUAGUAUUUAUAAAUCCAUCUUUUAUCUAAACUCUCCUUAUCGUGUUGUCUCGUCGACUCAUCUGCCACGCAUGGACAUCUGCCGUUUAAACAUCUGUCACUUGAGCUUUUAGAGACGUGUUUGAUGUUCCUUUUGUUUUCUCUUGAGUUAAGAGGUUGGAUCAGACCAGCAUUAAAGCUGAGUCUGAGAUUAUUGAGGAAUUUGAGUUGUAAUCUGCCUGUACCUGGUAAGCUUAUGGUUUUUAAGCCAGUAUUGUCAAAAGUCAGGGAUUACCCAAAGAUCAGAGAUGAUCCUGUUAAAGGGGGGCAGGCUGGGGAGGGUUAGGGUCCUGAUAGAGCACUUAGACAUAUGCUCAUUAUAUAAACAAAAAAGACACCAUGAGUGCCAAUGCUGUAGAAAUUCUCUGACAUAUUCUUAGUUUCUGAACAUUUUACAACAACAUGAUAAUCUGUUUAUUUAUUUUUUUGCUGUAGUGAAAUUACAAGAAUCACAAGAAAAGUUCAACACCAUUUAUCUGCCGGUGCAUAAAAUAGAGAACGGUAGAAGAAAUAGAGUAGGUAGAUGCUACACUCAUCCAAGGCGAAUUUAACUUUGACACGAUGUUGAUAAAAUACAGCUGAAAUACACAUGCAGAGACAACACUGUGACAUUUACUAAUGAGGAGAUGUCAAGGUGAAGAGCUGCACACCACUGAGCCCCUUUAGCAGUCGUGGGUUUGGUGCCUUGCACAGUGGCACCUUGGCAACUCUUAGAAAAUGACCUGGAAAUCCUCCAGCUACCGGCUCAUUUUCAUACUUUGGUUUAUCUUGAUUCAAUGAAAAAUUUUGUCUCUACAGACGCAGCCACUACUAUCUCAACGGCUUACCUGCUCCGUCCAUGUAGGAAACAAAAACCAGCCCCUGUCCAGCUGAACCAAUACCAAUGAUUUAUGUCUCGUUAGAUUAAUUUGUGCAAAAUGUGAGCGCAAAAACAACUUUCGUGUUUGGAGAAGGCAAAUGCGCAAAAUUUCUUGACCAGUCACAGUUUCUCUGCAAAAUCUUCACUGGUCCCCUGACUGCCUCAGGUGACCACUUUUCCCCAAGUAGAAUAAACACACAGGACUGAUCCCCAGAUCAACAAGAUCUUUCUGCAUACAAAUUCAUAAUGCUGUGACUCUACUAAACUUGCUCCAAAAUACAAACAAAAGUUUCAUGAUAAAACUGAACAUAACAAUUUAACUGUUUACUGUUGACCUACAGGUAUCAGACAACCUCAGUGUUUAGGAAAAUAUACUUGGCACAUUUUGUUUAACAUGGAAGUGGAACAAAAUCAGAGACAGCUUCGAUACACUUCUACACACUUCUAUGAAGUCCCUGGAUUAUGCUAGCUCAGUGGAAAUUGGUCCAAAACUGACUCUGCCACACUCCCAAAUUCAAGAAAUGUUAAUUCGACCAAAAAUUAAAUUCUCUCUUACCCCCAAUUUAAUCUUUUUUAUGAGACCCAAGGCUCUUAAAAAUACCUUUCCUAAUAAGUUUUGAAAUGUGGGACUCAAAUUAAAAAGAAAUUCCUCUUAUAACCCAAUAAAAAUAAAAGAAAUAGAUCCAGGAGACGGUGAGAUUUAAUUUCCCACAGCAAGGAAGUCAAGAUCUGAUAACUCAUAGAUCACAAUGCUUAACUCUUGAUGCUGGAUGACACUGUCAGAGACUGCUGAAAGGUCUAAAUCUGUUAAGAUCCUUGUUAUGCACGUCCUGCUGAAAUUCUCUGAACUGCGUGUGAUAUAAUAUCAAGUAAGACAAGAACACGGGCCUCUGUGAGUGUAACUUAACCAAAUAUGACAUAUCUAUUUUUUACUGUAAUAAAAAAGGAGAUUUAGAUGAGAUAACAUCAUAUCUGCUCUUUCAGAACUUCCUGCAGUAUUAUUGUCAGAUUGAUUGUUGUUCACUAAUAUCGAUAAUCAGCCUAAAGGCAGCCUUUUGGUUAUAUUUGGGAUCAAUAUCCUCAAUACAGUUUUCAAUUCAGGCUGAUUGCAGGCCAGAGAGCGCAGAGAAGUAAAAGAGGGAGUGACUGAAUGACUACACUUUGUGAUGGAGACUCCAGCUCAGUGAGAUAGCAAAGUUUAAAGUGUUUAGUUACUGAGGCUCAAGGUUAAUGAAUUUAUACAAUUAAGUAACUUUAAUUAUCUGAGAUGAAUGAAUAAAGGGAUGUGAAGUGUGUUUGACCGUGCUCCUGAUCAGAGACACUCAUUAGUCUCUGUCUCUCCUCUACAGUAGGCUGAUUUUGCUGGUAGUCGGCACAUCAACUCUUUAAUCCUAUUUAGCAACUGUAAGAAGGCACAGCAGGCCUGAAAAGCUCUGGAUAAAACAAAACGGAGUUUCUGAAGGCAGAGUCUGAAAACUAGCAAACCACAGCCAACAUUACUCAAGAUAGAAUUUCAUCUGCCAAACACACUAACAAACUACUCAUCCUCAGAGCCUUUUGGUUUGGCACCCUGACAACGAGCAACCCUAGAUCUUUUUCAAAACACAAAUAAAUGUAGUUCCUGUGUAACUUUAUGUUUUUCUGUUAGAUAAGCAAACAUUUUGUCGGGAUGAUAUAACGACCUGAGAUAAAAAUUUAUUCUCUAUAAAAACAAAUACAAGAGAUUAAAUGUAGAUCUCAACCCUGCAGAAUGAAAAUAAUGCUGCUUUGAAAAUAAGAGGCUUUUAUCACUGUCGUUUUAAACUGGUUGUGUCAGGAGAGAAUUGAAAGCUUGCUACAAACAACGCAGACUCCAAGGGGAGCUAAAGUUUUCUGUAUGUUUUUUACUAAGUGGUGGCCGCUUGUGCUAAAAAUGAAGCACCAAAAAAAACAAGGACUGGCUUCCAAAGUGAGUCAAUUCCCUGUGAAACCACUAUUAAAAUGCUCACUUCAACUUAAAUGUUUCCACCUUGGUGCUUAAGGGUUUUUGUACCUGAAAUGAUUUCCCCCAUGAUGGCAGUCGCAAAAUGAAGCUAAUGCAAGGGGCAAAAACUGUGUGAUGACCCAGCUUAGCUGCUAAGUGUUACCUUAGCUAAUUCCAUAAAGUACAGCCCAAAUAUAGUGACUCUCAACUCCAAAAAAUGAGUAUCUUUAGCUAUAAAAUGCCAAUGCGAGGCUGCAUAUCCCUACAUGCACAAUUGUACGCAAUCCAUAGUCACAACAUCCACCUCUAAGCUACAUCCUCCCUCUGUAGGGAAUAAUAGUGACGGUGUGGCUGAUCCAAGAUAAUACACUUUGCUGAUCAGUAACUCUCACUGUUACGCCCCACCCGAAGGCGGCCCUAUGGGGCUAACAACUAUCCUCAUCUUUUGACCCAUUAAAUUAACAAAACACCUUCAAAAGUUUAACAAGUGAUUUAUUGUGACAACAUAACAAAACUAGAAAAGCACUCGGAGAGCGCAGACCUCUGCCAAGCAGCUCAUGUCCCCCCUUAAACAAGAAACACCCUGACUGGGAUUCAAACUCAGGAUCUUCUGGUUGUAAGGCAACAGUGCUAACCACUACACCACUGUGCCACCUAUCUACACCACUGUGCCACCCAUUAGUUAUCUUUCAGCAUUGAAAAUUCUAACGACACCUUUAUUUUUGGGUGUUCUGAUCACAGUAUCCAGAAUUUUGUCCGGAUCACCACCAAAGUUUAAUGGGAUCCUCCUGGGGCUGAGACGCACCUCUGGUGAAAAUUUCAGGUCAAUCCGUCUGUUACUUUCUCCAUAAAGUUGCUAACAGACAAACAAACAAACCAACGCUACCGAAAACAUAACCUCCUUGGCGGAGGUAAUUACGAACUAAACACAAAAGAACCCACAACACAAACGAGAGGCAGCAGGGCAGAAGUUCCCCACCAAAUGUGUCUCAUUUGUGUUGUGGGUUCUUUUGUGUUUUUUUGUGAGGCACUUUAGAAUUACCUAUUUCCCUCACGAUUCAUGUCGUAGGACUAGUGCAACCUACAGUGAAUAAAUCCAUUUUUUAGAUUUACUCUCUCUCUCUCUCUCUCUUCUGUGUUUGUUCACAUGGGGGGUUGCCAGAUCUGCAAUGGGCACACUGGGAUGCUGGCAACCAUGCUUGUAGUUUUAUGUUUGAUCAGGCUUGUGAGACCGUACAAAUGAGUCAUUUUUUUUACUAUCUUCAUGAUACUUUGUGAACAACCACAGCACACACACUCACACAUACACUCAGAUGUGCUCACUAAUUAGUUAAGUUGAGUCAGUAAGGAUUAUCUACAGAAACAUCUAUUUUGAAUUGAACAACAAAGAGCUGGUGAGAUUGUGCGAUAAAAAUAGAGCACCUGACAGAAAUAAACCACAAAAUCUGCCAAGAUCUCAAACUUUCUCACCAGGGAUCCACCAACACCUUCCAGUUUGCUUUUUAUCUCCUCAUUUGAUCUUAUUCUAUCAAUUAUUUUUUUCUCUGCGUCAGCUUAAAUCCAUAUCAUACAUGGCAGCCAAUCUGAAAGCUGCUGCUACUAACAGCCCCUCCCAGUGGGACACGGAGUAGUGUAACACUGCAUCCCCCUGCUAUGUGAGACACACUGCAGCACAGUGUGAUGGAGUAUCGCUCCUGUCAAGGACACACUGGCUCUCCCUGGUAUGAAGAGGGUGGAAGUCUUCAGCACAUGGAGCUGAAAAUAGAUUCUAGGUCAGGCUGAGGUCAGAGGUUACCACAUUCAUUCAUUCUCUGUGGUCAUGUACUGCUGGAGGGAUGGAGACACAUGCUGUGUCCUAAUUCUGCACUACAUAGCAGUGUACGCUGUGUGUAACAUAAACACCUCACAACACAGUAUGCUGAAUUUGAUAAGACGACUGUCCUACAUUCAAGGCCUGAAAACUGUCAGUAAUGGUUUCAUUGUCGUUCCACUUUCCUGUCUGGACCGAACUUGUUUUUUUCAGCUUUAUUUGCUUUCUAUAGCUUUAAGGGCAACAGGGUUUUCAGUCAGCAUGCAUGUGACAACAUCUUUUUGUUUAUUUCAAGACUGAUUUUCAAAAUUGUGUUUUAUCAGUCACCAGCCCUUGACGAAACCUUCUCAUUAAUCUAAAAUUCACCUUCUUCUUCUUCUGUGUGUAAUUCUGCGUGUCCAUAAACACCUUAGCUUUAUACAAAAUAAAGUAAAUCUCCCAAACUGGUGAGUAAACUUGCCUUGGGUGAACUUAGAGUAUCUUGCUUUCAUCUGUCAUCUCCUCCGACAUGUUUGUGCUGCAGUAGAAACCAAAUAGAGAAAAAAAAAGGCUAGCUGGUUAGUUUCUUCCACUUCUGCUUCUUCAUUUUAUGGCUGGAGGUACCCACAGACUGUUACAUAAAUGGACAAAGCAGAGUUUUGACGUCUAUUGAUGGCUGUCACCAUAUUAGUAAUGCUGACUCAACCGGUCAACCUACCAGCUUUUAGCCUCCUCACAAAGCUACUGAGUCCAUACCUGUCAGUCAAGUCAGCUCUGAUUUGCGAGUUCUGUAACCUUGGAAACUUCAAAAUGAGCAAAUUCCAAUAAAUAAAUAAAUUAAUAAAAAUCAAUCCCUGUACUAUUUAGACAUAAAUCCCUUUUUAAACCAGGUUUUGCUCUAAAAACAGCCUUUUUUAAGCUUAGUGUGUACAUGGUUUCAGCUUCACAUGGGAAUUGCAGAUUUUAGCAUUUCAGCAUCGGCUUCAUUUCUUAAGAAGACCAGAGUUUCCGCAACCAGCAUAGAGACUCAACUAACCCGAACUGCCCAUGAACCAACAAGUUAUUAGACUGCUCUGCUUAUCUGAAUCAAAAUAUCAAUAUUUCAGUUUUCUUUCUUUUCUAAAACAAAAUCAUCAUCAGAACCAGUAUAUUGUGACAACCCAUUUCCCAAUGUACUUCCAUGACAAUACAAAAUUACCAAAGUACUCUGCAUUAUCACACUGUCCCAAGUUUUAAAGCUCUGGUAGAGAGAAGACUUGACUAAAUCUGGCUCUCAGAUUUUUAGAUUCUAUCCAGUUUUUACAAGAAGAGAAAGAGUUUGUAAUGAUCAUAACACCAAUCCUGUUGGGGCAGUCAAAAAUAUUCUGAGGUCUGAAAAAGAGGGAAUUUAAAGUUAUGCUGAAGGAAGUUUUUUGUGUUGUGUAUAAACUGCAGUUUGAAAACUUUGCUUGAGAAAAAGAUCAUACACUUCUACCUAAAAAACAGGAAGCUGACGGAUGAAAAAAGAUGGAUGUUCAAUGAACAAAGAACGAGAAAGGGUGAAGGAGAGUUAAAGGAGAAUCAGAUGGCAGGGAGACGGCAGGGAGUUGAGUUUAAACUGCCUUUCUGUUCUGUUUUAUAGCAGUCCUUGUCUCUCGCCCUCUGCUUCAUGCCCUCUCUCACUCACUCACAAAAACAUUUAUACAUACCAGCUCAAUGCAAACCAAUUUGAUGCAAUUUCAAGUGUUUAUGCAAACUCACUCACUCUCACACACACACGCGCUGUAUGAAAAGGCAUCUGGAAAUCACAGCCAUGCACAUGUAUGCACUCAAAAAACACACAGAUUUGCACAUGUUAUACUUCAACAUCAUUCAACAUUUUUGCGUUUUCUUCUCAUUCCGGUGAUUUCAGCUUCAAAUGCAAACACACGCUCUUAUACACUCACUGUACUGACCCACAUAAAGUGGUGUGUGAGCACUCCGUUAGGGACAAAGAGUGUCUGCCGUACAGACAGCGCCGCUCUCUUUGUUUACAGAUCACAGGGGGUCAGGGAAGGACAAUAAAAGUAGGGGUGCAGGAAUAAUCUCGGCGAUACAGUUACACAGAUUCUUAUGUUCAUACAAGAUCCCACAUGCUAUUGCGUUUAGACCCCUAAAAUGCAGCAGCGCUCCCUGUGAUAGCAGCUAAUUGGCUUCCAAUAUCACAAAUAAAGAUAAGAGCAGCACACAGCCCACCCCCCAACAGUCAAGGCUCAGGGAGGAAUCAGCUCUUUAAAAUGCAAUACAAGGCUGUUUUUUUCCCCCAACUCUGCUUUUCCAAGAUCCAAAACAGCCCUGAGCCCAAAUCUGGUCUUCAAAUAUUAAUGUCAACAUUAAAUAUAAGGCAUAUAUUAAUCUGCGAGGUGGAGAAAAGAGGGCACUGAAAAAAUGAAUUAGAGUACCGAGAAUCUCUCAUGUCAGACACUUUGAUACACAAGAUACUGUGUAUAAUACAAAUGCAAACACUCUUAAUGCGUAAACCUCACACAAUUUCCCUUUUUCCACACAAUGGAGAUAUAAGAGCUCAUUUUUAUCCACCUCUGAGCGUAUAAGCCUUCAGAUCCUUCAGUUGCUGCUGCUCCAGUUCCUUAUUUCAAUCAUAAAAUGAUCUCCCUGACUAACAUUACACAAUAAAGACAGAUUUGAGCUUAAACAUGUUGUAGUCUCUCUCUCUGUCUCUCUUUCUUUGUCAGCCAUGCAGCACAGAAUCACAGCGCUCAUUUGCAAUCGCCCUUUUUAUGAGGCGUUGUGUGCUGCGCCGGACCCAGACUCAGCCAGUGUGUGUCUGUGUGUAUGUGUGUGUGUGUAAAGGAGGGUGAGACAGAGAAGGGGGAGGGGUGAUGCUAAAGAAUCACAACCUCCUCCUUCCAUUUUCUUGCUCCAUGACACUCCAUCCUUUGCUCUCAGCUGUUAUUCUCUUCUCACCUCAGCAAGACAUGGCAGCAGUAUAUCUAUGACUGUGUGACUGUGAGUCAGUGUAUGGACAGUAUAUGUCUGUAUGUGUCUGUAGGCCUGAGAUGAAUGGUCUAGCAUUUUACUGGCAGUCAAUCUUUAGUGGUGGUCUCAGUGGGUCUGACACUGCCUCCUUCCAUUAUCUGUCUCAAACUCUGUCUUUGUCAACGCAUUUAUCCUCUUUCCUCUUUUUCUCUCCUUUAUCUUCCCAUACUCCUUUUCCUUUCCUUCUCUCUUAUCCUGUCCCCUUCUAUUCUACCUUUUCCCCUUCCUCACAUCUCUUCUCUUCCUUACCCACCUUGUCACUUUGUCCCUGUCCUACCUUUCCUCUCUGCUCCUCUCUUCCUACAAAUCUGAUCUCCUGCCAGCCAUUUUCCUUCCAAUCUACCAACCAUUUACAGUUUAUCCACCAUAAUAAUUAUUAUUAUGAUAAUAAUGUGCAGUGUGUCCGUUUUUAAAAAAGUGUAUUAUUAUCUUUUCUCUGAACAUAGCAGUACCUGUAUCCACGUGGGUGUUCAGUUGGCUCUCCCUCCUCUUCUCUCCCCCUCCUCUCCGAAAAAGCAUAUGAGCUGGCGAUCUUACUGCAGCCUCCUGCACUAGUAUCUACCUUUAGGGAGAAAAAGCAGAGAACAAAGAAGGAAAAGAGAGAGGGAAAGAUAUAAAAGAGACGGGGACGGAGCGAGAGAGGUCGAGAGGGUGUGAGGUGUGAAGAUGAGUGAAUGAAUGGAGACAUAAAAGAUUGGCCUGGAGUGAACAGGGGGUGGAGUUGAGAGCAGACGAAGGGUUGAGACAGAGUGAAAGAGAUGGAUAGGAGAAAAAGAAUAAUCACCAGUUUUCUUAAGGAAGAUCUGUUCAGUGAGCAGAACUAACAUGAGCUGAUGUCUGCGUGUAAUGACUUUGUGAUCUCUUUCUUUCUUCUCUCUUUCCCCUCAGACUCUUUGACUCUUUCACCCUCUCCCUCUGAAGUACUUAUCAGCCUUUAAGUUGCAGAAAAAGCAACUUUAUUUGCAGACUGUUCCUACAAACAAAUGUCAAGACCUUCUCCUUAGUGUCUCCCCUCUAAAAACUGCAGGGUAGACUAAUAUUUGAUUGGCAUGACGCCGAUUUAUGAAGGCACUUGGGUGGCAGAAGCAAGGAACGAGUUUCUGGUAUCAGCUGCUGAGUUUUGACAAUAAAUACUAAAAUUUAAAAAAUGCUAUUCUCAAAGAUGGGAUAAGAUUGACCCCCAUCUUGUCAGAUUAGACUCCCUGCCAUCCCAUCUUUAACCACACGAGUGUAACACUUUGCAGCAUUUAGCAAGUUACGGUGGAGAGGGAAAACUUUCUUUUGACAGGCAGAAACCUUAAGUAGAACCAGACUCAUGUAAGACAGUCAUCUGCCGCUACUGCAUUGGGUUUAGAGAGAGGAUAGAUGCAGAAAGAGAGAGAUGGAUAGAUGUGAGACUGAUUUUCUUCAAUCUUGGCGACCUGGUAAGGUGGCUGUGUUUUCGCUCUCUCCUGAUCAGAUGGAUCCCUGGCUCCUGAUUUGUACCUUCAGAAGAGUUCCUUGGCAAGACACGAAUCUCCAAACUGCACCCAAAGAUAUAAAGACAGAGUAAAAAUUCUUAAGACUGGCUCUUAACAUAGCAGCUUUUUCUGUCAGUGUGUAAAUGUGUGUAUGAAAGAGUGAACGCAACAUGGAGUGUAAAAGUGUUUUGAGAGGUUGAAAGACCAGAACAGUACAUACUUUCUCCAGUUUGUUGUGAAGUCCGGGGGGAUCUUGUGAAUAUCCUGUCCUGUGCACAUUUUAGGCAUGCUGUUACAGCUAAAAUCUUCCUCCUCAUCCAACCUGUUGCAAACACCUCAAAGGGCAGAACCGGUCCAAUCUGGCCCGACUGGAAAGAAAUAUCAAUCUGAGGGUUAGUUUAUUGAGUUUGUCCUUAAGAUCAAUAGCAAUGUAAAAACUUGAUAUGAUCAAUUUUUCCUGGUUAGGGUUAAGUUAGUCUUACAUUAUAUGAAAAGUUUCUGCCUUUUCUAAUCACUAUCAAUCAAUCAAAUCUUAUUUAUAUAGAACUUUUCAUACUAAAAAUGUAGCACCAAGUGUUGGCCAUUCAAGUAGGAUUUAAAAUAAGUUAGCUGGGGUGGAGAAAUGUCGGCCAAAAAAGGGGGAAAAACAAUACAAUCAAUAAAUAAAUGAUGAAAUGUAUUUUUUUUUAACCUUUAUUUGUGACACAUUACAUACAUGACUGUAUAAAAUGGGGACAUGGUCUUGAUAGCAUCACCCACUAGUUUCUGAAGCAAAGAUGAUGUUUGCCAUUAAAAAAAUUCUGACUCAACCUACUUUUGUUAUUGGCCUAAUGAGAGGAUAAGACAGACCGUAAGCCUUUUCAUGAACAUCUACAGAUUGCCUGCCUAUUAAUCAAACCAUCCUUGCCCUGCCAGUUAUAAAGCAAAUCUCAAUCGCACCGUGUCGUGUGUGAUGAUAAAGAAAUUAUCUUUCCAGACCAAAAUCUUUUAAUAAGGCUUUAAAGGUGUGUAUUUGUGCUCUAAGAGGCGCUGUAGAAUUGGUCUAUAUGUAUGUGGACUCUUGAGGAACAGUGAUUGUUUAGUACUUCCACAUUGGCUUCAUUUCUCAAGACUGGAGUUUGUAACUUGACUGUGACACAAAGAUGGAGGUGUUUAUUAACAAUCAGGACAGCAGAAGGGACAGCUUCUUGUUCUACGAUAUUGAACUUCCUUGACCAGCAGAGCCACUUGGGCUUAAAAAAGGUUUUUAUUGAAUAUAUACACAUCUUUAUCAGAUCACUUCAUGUGUCCAUGUAAACUGAGGGGCUGUAUUCUCUAAUAAGAAUGAUUUUUGCACGUGUCUUAAGCUUCUGUUAGCUAAUCGAAACUAAGUCUUCCAGCAUGGAGACAUCUACCUUGAUGUUAUCUGGUCUGCUUUUUAAGAAUAAGAAUAACAAGAACUUUAUUUAUCCCCAAAGGGAAAUUAAAUUUUGAUUAAAGUAGGCUAAAUGGUUAUGUCAUGAGAGACUGUAAUGUGAAGUGUUAUAACUGGACCGAACUCAAAGAAUAAUUCAAUAAAAAUACCAAAAGAUUUGUGCUGGGAGUUAAAAGUGAAUAAAUAAAAAAUACGGAUUGAUAUUUGAAGUGGCCCAUCUUUAAAAUGAUAGUGGUGACCCCAAGCCUGUUUGAUACUGAGACCCCAGCUCUAGUGGUUUACUUUGUUGGACUCUAACCUGGUGACAGGGGUGACGGGCAAUAAUAACAAUCUACAUAGUCAAUCUUUUUGUCUAGUUUUUUUUUUGUAGGUUACAUAAAUGCAUCACUAUCAAAUGCCUGUCUGUUUCAUUGCCUGCAAAUGCACAAGAGCUUUUAACAGGCAUCAAAAGACAUUUUCUGUUCAAUAAUCAGCAUCCUGCCUUGUUUGCACUGCACUCUUACAAAUCACUCUAAUAAGCUCAAAGACAGAAAUCGAAGUUUGCAUUUGGUUCAGACUAAUAAGAGGUGAACAAAAAAACCCUGUGACACAGAGCUCGAACAGCAAAUUAAAGCUCUCAAAUGAUUAUCAGAAUUAUAUAUUCAUCAAAAUGUCUUCAUUUGAUUUUGGUUAAGAUGCAAAACUUUGUGUCUGCGCUCAGUGAAAUCAGAUCAAUUUGUUAGAGCAGUUUCAGAUACAUUUUACUGAGAAAAAACAACCAACGUCUGAAACUAAAAGUGGGUGAGUGAGUUCCUCAUUUUAGAUGAAACUGUAAAUUACAACAAGUGUUGGAUUUAGAUAAGAACAAGAAUUUCAAAAAUGAAGUUUGAAUCAACUCUAUCAAACGGUUUAGAUUUCACUGUCCUGAUUUAAGUCCUCACCUUAUUUGACCUCUGCUUCCUGUAAAAUGUUUGACUUUUGCCCUUUUACUGACAAGAGAAAUCAAUAAAUGUAAAGUAAUUUACUUGAGUCAUAGUAAAACUGCUUAAUUUAAGAAGUGGAUGUUGUAGUUUUACAUUCCUAAAAGAAAAAGAAAACAUCAGUGCUCUUGUGUCCCUCUCAUUCUGGAGAAAAAGGAAAUCUAUCCAUCCAUCCGUUUGUUCACCCAAUCCUCCUAAUUGAUAAGAUUGAAUGGUACCCAACUGUGUGUUGCCAUGAGAAUAAGAGACUGUGUUUCCCUGGCAACUAUUCUUCAAAGGCCCCCGCCUCUUCUGUCUCCACUCUUUGCUGAUGAGAUUCGAUGAUGCAAGGGCGGCAGCAGUAGUGUUAAUAGUUACACCAGUCAGACUGCAUAAGACAAAGCUGGAGUUGUAAGAGACAGGAAAUAAUUGAAAUUAGCUUAAUGCCCCAAUAGUAACCAUAAGAAUAUGAAACUGGGAAAGAAAAGGGGCACCCUAGAAGUAUUUAGAUGAGACAAAAUGUACUAUUUCACGGGGUAAAACUGUCACUAUGUAUGAGAGCUGUCGAUCCUUUGUUUAUAAUGGUGAUAAUAACUGCUUUGUUACACUUAAUCUUGAAUAGGGUCCACUUAAUCACACAUUAAAAAACUUAAUGGAUAAAUCUACCACAUCUGACAUGUAAGUUAGGGUGACCAUAUUGUGACUUCCCAAAAAGAGGACACGACUACGCGGGGGCGGAGUCACUGAGUCACACAAAGUACAUUUUGAGCGUUUUUCGGGUCGGAUUAAGUGUCUUUUACGCGCCUCCAACUCUGUAAGUCCACAUGACACAAAACCGAAACUUACGUACAAAACCGCAGACAUUUGAGGGAUCUUAUAGACUUCCCCAGACACAAUUUUUCGCCCUCUUUCGCCUCUGAUUGGCUAGAAGUGCUGGGAUCGGAUUGGUUAUGACUUAUGGCUGUGAAACAUCAUCGUCUUUUGUGUUAGGGUUAGGGUUAGGAGAUUCAGAAGUUUGAUAAUGUUCUGUAAUGUUCUGCUAAAUGUACAGAGCCGACAGCCCGUGUUUGGCUUGAGUGUGUGAUGAUGUUUCAAGCUUUUCUAGCCAAUCAGAGGCGAAGGUGGUGGGACUUUCCCCUACCAUCCAACAAAAAAAAAAAAAAAAAAGCCCCCCCAAAAAGAGGACAUGUCCGGGUAAAAGAGGACAUAUGGUCACCCUAUGUUAGUAAUGUGAUGACAUGAAUGAAAGCACUCAGAAGCACCCAUACACCACAUGCCCAGCACCAGACAAAGUGGCUAGCUAACAAAGAGUAGCGCCUUAAACAGCUUUGGAGAGGACUUUUCUCAUCUGUUCACAUAGACCAAAACAGGACUGAAAUAAGUUUGAGAUUUGGGUGUAGUAGCUACUUUAAAUCGGUGGAGAUAAAUACUCCCUUAAAUGAUUGAUAAUGUUGCUGUGUAUCUGUUAGAUGUGUGAAUAGAGACCUGUGUGCCAGCAUAUUCCCUUACUCAGUAAUAUUGUUGUGGACAGUUUGUUUCUGCUCUUCCAAGGAAAUCAUCCAAGUUGAACAUUUGACAAACAAUAAUACUAGCUUUUGAAGAAAAUUAAGAUGUGUCAGUGUUUAUCCCCGCAAAAUUAGCAAGCAAAAACCAUUUCAUGCAGCACAAAGCUAGAAGGCUACAGCCAGGCUAGCUCUGGUGAUUAUUCACCCUUAAGGGCUGCAUCUUUGUCCGCGCUUUUCUGUGCCUAUUCUGACUAAAUACCUCUGGAAAAACAAAAACAAGUCUUUAUCAUUCUAGCUUCUCCUGGCAUUCGACUGUAUGUGAUGUUGAAUUUUAUGUUAAUUCCCCUCUCUCUCUCUGUGUUUCUCUGUCUCUCUCCCUGUCAGGUGGUGGGUGCUGAUGCUGUAACUACUGUGUGGAGCUGACAAGCCCUGGUUGAUGCAGUGAAGUGUUACAGGAGGAUAAACACAAGUGAAGGUAGGAAUGAAAAACGAGGAGGGGAAAAAUAUUGAGAAAAAAAUACAUCUGCCGAAAAAUAAAAACAGAGAUAUAGCCGACCGAGUGGGGGAGUUGGCGAAGGGAGGGGAGGAAUAGACAGAUUAGGGAUAAAGAAAUGCUGAUGGGCAGAGAGGAAGGAUGAGAGCUUGGAGAGUAUAUCUGCUGCAUCCGUUGUGUACAGUGCAUCUGCUGAAUGGGUUUGAUUCACAGGCCACUGAAUACCCAGUCAGUCAGCGUGUGACAGAAAGAGAGAUCAUCGAGGGAUGAGGCGAUGAGAGAGAAAGGCACACAGAUGGAGAAAGGGGGUUCAGAUGGUGUUAUUGAUGAGUUAAUGGAGGUUAGACUUGGCAAAGACGAGCAGAGCUGUUUCAGUACUCACUAAAUCCACACAGAUGAAGCUCCUGGGCCGUAACAGGAGGAAUCUUUCAGAGGGAGCUGAAAGGAAGCCGGGGUGCUUUACUCUGCUGCUUGGCUUCCAGUGUUGACCAGGUUUGCUUUUCAGACGCCAUGUGGGAGCUGAGCUGCGUCUUUAUUAAGACUUGAGGAGCCCCUCAGUUUGGUUGCUCUUGCUGGACUACAGAUGAGAGCUGUGUGCUGGACAGUUGCAUAAGAGGAGCACUUUGCUCCACUUUAACUGACUGCAAACACUGUGUAUGUGUUUGCAUGUGAGGGAAACUGCAACCAGCAGCCACCAACACACUUCCUGAUUCACAGAAUGCCAUGUCUUCAUGUCUGUCCAGACUAGCGCCUUUAAAACAUUCACUGGCGUUCCUUUUUUUGGAGCAGGAAAUAUGCGUUUAUGCACUGAUCGCCAUUCCCAUUCUGACACUUAGAUUUGCUUGCACCUAAGGGCCACCAGUGGGACUGCACGCAUCGUGACAGAGAUGUGCUGUGACAAGACAAGGCCAAAGGAGCUGAGAGAGUGCCGCUGAGUGUUGAAAUAGAGAAGUGGGGCAGAGAGGAGAGCUGGAGGGGAUAUUUUUUGAGGAACCCAUUUUGACGUCAGAACGAAAAAGAAAGGAAAUCUUUUUAUUUUCUUAUGAACUGUAAAGAUAAAGACACGCUAAAGGAGAACAGAGCCAGAGGAAAGAGACAGUACAUAAAACAUAUUUCAUGCUUUAUAUCAACAUACUCACACAGCAGGGUGUCUGCUUCCACAAGCUACUGAAAAGAAAACAAAGAGAAGCAUGUAGCUCGCUGAUCAAAUAGAGAAAACCACAGGAACUUUAAAUAGAUGCCUGAAAAAGAGAAGUGUGAAGUGGACGGAGAUACGCAGAGAGAGGCAGAGGGAGAAAGAGCGACAGCAGAAGUUUACAUCAGCCUCUCAGAGAAGCAGACCAGAGCCGCGGGGAACUGCAGUCAUCGCUCUGAGCAGUGCUACCUGGGAUUUACUUACAGCAACGAUUUAACUAAGCAGGGACGACAAAGUUGAGAGCGAGGAAGAGAAACUGAAGACUCAGGACAAAGGAAGAGGUAAAUUAAUGGCAGGAAAAGAGGCUGGAGAAGCUGUGGGUUACAGUCGAAUGAUUUCCUGUUGUAUUACACGACAUUGAAGUGAAUAUCUGUCAUGUAAAUUCUGCCUCAAAUACAAACUCUGAUAGCUGAACUGAAGCAUCAGAUCAGUCUUGUUAGCAAAUGACCCAGUGUGUGAGCAAAGUGGCUGCUUUAUUUUCCCACAUCUUCUGCUGAGACGAGCAGACGAUAUCACCAGGCCAACAGUAUCCUGGCAACCAUCAGCCGAGCACUGCUCUCUGGAUGGACCACAUGCUGCUGCUCCAGACUCGGUGUAUGUGUGUUACUCUUUUGUGUGUGUUUGUUUGAGUGCGGUUGAUGUGUAGCUACCUAAAACACACCCACACACACUUACCUAUUAACAUGUCAGAAAGCUUUCAUUGCUAUGAACGGCGGUGUGAUGUGAAACUCAGCUUGGCUUCACCUUUGCGAUCACCUUGUCAGGCCAUCGCUAUGAAUCUGUUAUGCAUUUAUUCAUAGCGUCCUGCAAUUUUAGAGCAGGUGGUCUAAAAGUCAAGAAGAGGAGACAGGGUGUGUUUUCCAUGUUUGGGCUGAUGCUCACAGGUUCCAGCUGUGACUCAGCAUAUAGCUCUCUUUCAGCACCUCUGAAUAGAUGUCAUGGCCAAGAGUAAACAUGUGAUACAGAAGAAACAGAAGGAAGGAAAAAUCGCUGGUUUUUGUAAAUCUCCUCCAGAAGAAAGCUGCCUCAGCGGCUGGAUAUUGAAACUCAAUCCUGUCUAGCUGUACCUGAGUGCUGCAUUGCAACACAGGUUCUUGCUGAGUAACAGAGAAUACAACGGGCUUUUUGCAGCACAGUGGCUUCUCAUAAACAUGCUAAUGCUGGCCAUAAAUUACUCUUGCAGGGGGAAACUGAUAGGCGUCCACUGUGUGCUAACAUAGCACAUAAAUACAGAGGGUACAGUAGAGGAAGUGAAACUUGGCAGCUGAUUUGAGUCAGCUACCAAAGUCCCUCUGUGAUCCAGAGGAGGCGUUUAUACUUGCACAGCUUAGAAGUAUUUCAAGGAUUUGAUUUCAGUUGUUUUUUGUAUGUUUUGUGACAUACAAGUCGGUCAAUUCUCUCCCUCUUUGAUUCAAUAGACUUUCUUGGUCUUAUAGCAGUAGGCUAAUACAGCACACUUUGAUAGUAAAACUAUCUGCUUUGAAAAAUCUACAGAUGUUUCACAAAACGUUCACUUCUUCCGUGCUUUCUGUUUUAAUGUGGUGGACGGUAAAGCAAGCUCAAAAGUGAGCACAAUAAUAACAACGUUCAUAAAUUUCCUGCUGUCUCACUGAAGGCCAAAUAAUUUCUGUCACACACUGAAAAUGUACAACUGAGUGCCGUCAAGAGGGGUCUGACUGACCUCCUCUGAGAGGACCUGCUCUACUGAGAGGACCCGAGGUGACGUUUUUUUCUCACGCGCUCUAGUUUAACUGAAGUGGUAAUCCUGUUUUGUAUUGUGUUUUUGUUGAACACAUGAAAACACACACACAAAAAAAUCAUAAUAGCAUUUUAUACAUAAAUAAAGCCCCAAGGAAAAAAAAUAGAUAUAUACACAAGACAAAAAAAUUACUUCACGGCACAAUCGCUUUUAAUUUGAAAGGCUUAGAGUCAACUUUGGACAUAAAAAAAUUUAAUUUACGCCCAGUAUAUCUGUUUUUAUUUUGAAAGGCUUCAAAUCAAAUCAACUUCCUGUCCUUUCAGUGGAGGUCUUUAGUCAGACUGUCUGGGUAUUGAUCAUAAGUGAUGAUGUGAAUUUUCAUGAUGGCUAAAAUUACACUGACUUUACUUUCACAAAUAUAACAAUGACUUUGAAAAGAAAUAAAAGAGUUUAACUGGACAUAUUUGUGUUUGUACUUUAGGAUCUCUGCAUGCUUAAGUAAACUGCUGAUGGCUCAGGAUAUAGAUAUUCAUAUAUCAUAUACCAGAUACUGUUUAUUUUUUUUGUAAGAUACCUGCAACAAAUGAUCUUUUAAUGUAUGUUAAGCCACAUUUCAGAAAUAAAAUCUCAUGUCAUCAACAUAUUUUACCAUUACACAAACUGUUCUGAUAUAACUCUACAGACUUUGAUUUGGUCUCUAAGGAAUAAUUUUUAAAAAAAUGUCCUGUAUUUGUUAAAAGAAAAAAAAAAAAACAGACACUGUCUGCAGUGUUAUGUCAAAGCUUGAUUUGACUUCAUGAUUCAUGCCCUUUUACCUAACAGAGCAUGGGCUAAUUUUGAGUUUCCAUUGAGUUGAAGAUAGUGUCACACCGCUCAUAGUAACAGUUUAAAAGCAGAGACCCCUGUGAAGGUUUUCAACAAAACCACCUGACACAUCUUGUUUAGUCUGAUGCUAUAUAUAUGAACAUACGAGCGUUCAGAACAGCUUGUUUGACCUACAGUACAAUCUAAUAAAGCUUGCAUCAUUUGUCUCAUAAAGCGCUGGCAUCUGGCCUUUGGGUAUAAAGUAUAAAGAGCUUGUCAUAAAGUAUCCAUGGACUGCUGUACAUAAAGGGCAUUAGGGGAGAGUAGCCCGUGCAUUGCAGCCUUUGAUUAGGUUACUAUAGUAGUGUAAAUGGAUUAUAACCACUGCUCAGCUAUAGUGACUCCCAAUGAGUGAGCUAAAUGAUUCACUACUGGAUUUAGGCCCCCCUCUAAUCAAAUACAGCAGAUACACUGUGCAUGGGAUGCGAAUUGUGAUCAGUGUAAUUUAUGGGAGGAAUGUCUGACUUUGCUUUGGACGUACUGCUUAGACAGAAGGAUGGAGGUGGAGAAGAGGAAGAGGAGUAAUUAAAAAGUGCAGAUGGGUAAAAAAUAAAAUAAAUCCCUCACAACCUGCUGGGUUCUCCAUGUGCAUGCUGUGUUUUUUCUGCGGGUUGCCAGGUUGUGCGUACUGUAUGUAUUUUGUUGUUUCCUUCCGUCCAGGUCGCCAGCCAUGGGGAACCUCAUUAAGGUCCUUGGCAAGGAUUUAGAGAACUGUCCACAUUUUUUCCUGGACUUUGAAAGUAAGUGAGAGCCGGGGUGUGUGCACGUGGCUGUGUGCUUGAAAUGUGAGCGCACAUGUGUGCAGCGAAGGUGUUCAGUGGGAUGCGAGCUGCUGAGUUGUUGGUGGUGUGAUGGAGUGGUGUUGUGGGUGUGGUUUGUUGUUAUCAGACGCUCUCUAGUCCCACUCUCAGAGCUCUCUGAUGUGAAAAAACUGUUUUGUCAAAUAACCGUGUCAACUAACCACAGUGUGUAGGUGUAAAUAAACAGCGCUUGUAAACACAGUGAGGCAAACAAGCAUCACCAUGAUCGCAAACCAGUUCCAGUUCAAGAGAAAGUUUAAUUCUGCCAUUACCUCUUUCACAACUUUGUGGUGAUCUACAAAAUGUGGCAACUUUCUUUUUCAAUCUCUGUAGCUCUAACAUCCUUUCUACAUGCAUCUAUGCACACAAAAGGCAACCAUUAAAUGACUGUAUCAAAGUUAUUAUUAAUAUUAUCAAUAUCCAAUGUUAUAUAUCAUAUUUUCCCAAGAUAAAACAAGAAUUUACAAAGGUUUAACUGAAGCACUAUACUAGGGAAUACAUUGGCGUAAUGUAAUACUUUGACAUUGACAACAGCUACUGCUGGUUUACUCAGGCAGCCCUAGUAACCAGCAUUUUUUAUAAGCAAUAACCAACCAUAAAUGGACCAUCUUUCUGAACAGCAUUUAAGGUAAUUUUUCUGUUUUGUCUUUAUUUAACUUGUCAGAUUUUUUUUUUUUUUUGCCUCGUACGAAAACAAAUAUCCUUUCAUUUUGAGUUUCUUCUCAGCUUAUCACCACAUUGAUUUUUUUAUGUAUGUUUUAACCACAUAAAUUGUGAUUUAAAUGUGAUUUAAACUCUUCAGUUAACAUUACAUUGAAUUUUCAAGAAAAGCAAAGGAGUGGGAUUACAGAAGCUCUGCGUUCAUGUUGCCAUGCUUCACCCAGGACAUUCUUCCAUCAUUACUAUCCCAGCAACCCCUGUUCUCAUCCAGCCCCCCACCCCACACCUUCACACACAUACACCUCACACACUUGCACACAGAAGUACACGCACACGACCCCAACACCCAUCCCCUCAUCACCCACAGAAUUCUCCCCUCUUCUGUUCCAGGGGGCUCAUGGGAAACCUCCUGAAAGUGCUGGCUUGCGCCGAACUUGAGCAUGGCCCAAUAGUUUUCCUUGACUUUGAACGUGAGACCAUCCGCUUCUUAUUUUUUUGAGUUAUCCCUUUCUCUUUGUUGCCUUUGCUUUGUUUUCCUCAUUCCACCAUUCUUAGCUGACCAUUGUGUCAUCUUAACAUCCUUAUUUACCCUUUUUUCCCCCCCUCCUCUGCUCCUCUCCUUUUCCUGCCCUCUCGUCUUUAUCUUUUGAUUUCUGCUCCGGGGACUGGCAUUUGAAAGUCAUUUGGCUUGCUUUUAAAGGGUCUUACUCACACAUGUCACUUCUUAUUAGAGGCAGACAGAUGCACAAUAGCGUGGUGACGGGGUAACAAAACGACAACAAUAACGCUUUGAUCUGAGCUCCCAAGCUACAAAAACUAAGAGAAGUAAACAGAGGAUGCCAGUCCUGUGUGGGUGUCUGUUGCUCAGGGAUAAUGAUGGCUAAAAAGAAGUCUAUCGUCAUCCCUCCACCUCUUCAUCUCCUCAUCCCCUAUUGUGUGCCUGACCUAUCUGCACUUGUGUGUAUGCGUGUGCGUGUGUGUGUUGCACUAAAAUUGUGUGAAAGAGAAAGUGAAUACAUAAGAGGUUGCUAAAAUAAGCCACCUCUAUCUCCCCUCUCUCCCUGUCGGUGAAUUUAAAUUUAGCAGGGUGAAAAUGUCCAUCUCAACAAGUCAUUUUAUUUAAGCCCAGGAGUUGAAAUCAUCCGCUCCUUUUGUUACUAAAGUCAACAGCAUGCAGGCAGCUCUGUCAACCUUUAGCUGUAUGUUCAACCACAUGCUAACAUCAGCAUGCUAGCUCAAAACCAUGCUAACUAGCUAAAAAUGUAACCAUCAAGAGUGGUUUGGCUUGUUGUGCUCCUUUUUUUCCCUCAUUCUGGUAAAUACUAAAAUCAAGCCAUGUUAUAAGAAAAAAAAAAUGACUUGUCAAGAUGGAGAUAUUUGUAGUGUGUAACAAUAUAAUCUUCCCCUCCUCAACCACUUUCUCCCUUUAACAGCUGCCUCCUCCUCCUCCUCCUCCUCUUCUGUUGUUACUGUUUCUUACAGGUGGAGUGGGAGUGCUCACUGCUGGCAAGAGAUGUCCGCCGUCAAACAGGCUAAAUGUACCUUUCAUUUAUAAUGCCUGUGAUUCACUUUACUUUCAAACAAGUGGAAUGAGUCAGACUGAGGCAUUAGCUACAUCUUUAGACAUCCUCCCUAUACUCCAAGCCUCCUGUCCCCUCCACCUCUAUGCCAUCUGUGAGCUCUCCUACUCCACCCAGCUACCUCUGUCACACAGAUCAGAGUUGGUCUAAACUCCAUACUGGGCUUUCAUAAAGUGAUUUUAAAUGUGUGAAAGACUUUUGAAGGAUCAGGAUGAUGACAGUCUGAUGAAAACGGUUGAAAAUUUGGAUUAUUUCCUAUGUAACAAAUAAAAAAAAAAACAUGUUGCUCAGAGUUUUCUGGUGCAAAAUCAAGUCUCUUAAUUUAGCAUAACAUAAUGACUUGAACAUUAGACAAAAGCUUUCGCCAGAGGUUACAAAAUCCACCUAAAAGUACCUCCAAAGUUACAAUGAAUGAAAUUUGUUCGCUGGGUUCCAUGUACGACGUCAUUGCGCUUGUGAAAGAGAAGAUCCAGCUCUUAAAAUCCCCAGCUACAGUGCUUGAGAGGUUGGCAUGAAGUUAUAGAGGGAGCCUUUAGACAGGGACAGGCUAACUGGCAACCUCUGCUUCCAGUCUUUAUGCAAAGCUGAACUAAUAAUUUCCCAGCUACAGAUUCCCGAUUAGACCCAGAAAUAAACCAUUAUCUAUCAUCUCCUCUAAUGUAACACACUAUUCUUCCUUCUUCCUGCAAUCCUGUGAGGAUAAACAGUGAUAUUUUAAGUGCUACAAAACAUCAUGUUGUUUACUAGAGGAAUCGAAGAGCAUAUCAGCGAGGAGUCAUCUUAAAAAUUGUCGUGCUCACUCUCUUUAUAACAGCAGCCCAUGUUCACCUAGGACAGCAAAUAUUUCAUGAUUACUACUCCUCUGCAGAAAGGCGAUGCCUCAGGGUGCAAAAAUAAUCAGCAGUGCUACUUCGUGUGGAGAGCUUUCUGAGCACGCUGCUACCUUCACAGUAUACCUGAGUCACACUGAGCUAUGUAGCUUGAAGAGAAAAAACAAAACACGACGACUCAAGAGAGCAUAUCCUAAAUUGUGUCCCUUAACCAUUUAAUCCCUGCUGUACACAUGCAGUACAGCGACAUGGGCAAACAAAGCAGAACUGUGACUAGGAGCUGCCCUGCGGCAAAAAACACUGAGUUUACAGUUUGUGUUCUGCUUAGUGUGUUCGUGUGAAACACAGACAGAGAGGAGAGAGAACAAGCCCAAGGGUUGUUCUCCCUGCUGCUUGUUUGUUUUAACAUUUCUCACAAUUAAACCUCAGGGGGGUAAAAAAGGUGUGUUUCUAAUCAUACAGAGACACGGUAGAGGAAAGUGAGGAAAAGACGGAUAGGAGUAUUACAUCAAUGUGAUAGGACAAUUACACCUAUCCUGGGGAGAGUAAAUCUCCGCUGGAAGAACGGUUCUUCAAAUGAUUGCCACUCAGGAGUCGGAAAUGUCCAAGUGAUGCAAUCCGGGCAGUUUUAUGACAGCUGAAAACCAUUAAAGUGUUAAACUGCCGGUUGAAACAUUAUCAUUCAGUAAUUCCCAGAACUGAAACUGACUUGUCAUCUUCCGGUCCUCAUUGGAUGACCACACAAACCUCACUGUGCAACAGAGGGUGGCUUGCAGGCCUCUUGUUAUGAUACUGUUGGGUAAAUCAAAUCAUCCAUUUACUGGCCAGAUUUUGUCCUUGUUUUCGCAAAGCCAAAAAGUCCAGUCACAUUGUAACAUUUGGCUUUUAUUUGCAGCCCUGUGUUAUUGUAGUAAUUAUGUACCAAAGGUUUUAAACUGGCCUUAUAGGAUGUCAUCUUUCAACUCUUCCUUCAAUACUAACCUCCUUUUCUCUUCAAUUCUCUCCUUUGGUCUCCCAUUGUCUCCUUCCCUGUUUAUUGCCUUCUCCCCUCUAUAUUUUCAUAACCACCCGUACCCUUACAUCACACUUUCACUUCCUCCUCCUCCCCCCUCUCCCUUCCUCUCUUCCCCUUUCCUGUCCUCCCUCUUUGCUUUCCUGCCAUCUUCCUUUCCCAGAUGCCCAGCCCACAGAGGCAGAGACAGCCGUGUGGAACCAGGUCAGCGCUGUGCUGGAGGAGGCUCAUGGGAUCCUAGCCGAGCUGCAGUCCUAUAAUGGUGCAGGCCAGGAGAUACGAGAAGUGAGCACAAAGGAGUCAAUAAGUGUUGGACAUUGAUUAACAGUCAAGCUAAAACUAGUGCGCAUGAGGGUUUGACAACUGCUAUGGUGAAAUUAGGAUAUGCAGUGCACCAUGAAGCACUUAUAGAGACAGAGAAGUGUUAUUUUUUAACUAACUUCAUAUGUUAUACAGCAGCAGCAGCAGGAAUAUCACUGACUGGGAAGCUGGUAUUCUAGUCUUGGUGCAAAACUAUCUCCUUUAAUGUAUUCAGGUGCAGUUUUGCCCCACGACACGUUCAUGCGAAGUUCCCCCUGCAGUGUCAACGAUUGCUGCUGAUUGCUCAGCUGUUGGGGUUGCUGUACUUGUUAACAAAUAGUGCUGAAUUGCCCCUUUUCUCACUUCCUCACCUUGGGGUCCAGGAGUCAUUUAACAAACAUGGACACACACUGGAGUUAACCCCUUUAUACCAUCAUAUUUUAGACCAUAUUAUGUUUUUCAUUGUACGCUGACACGAGAUUUCUUGAGUUUGUGUUAAAAUUAGCCAAAUGAGACUGUACGGGGAAUUAUGGCACAUGUUAUUUGAAUGUGGGUGUUAUCAUCGCAGGAGAAUUAAGUUUUUGAAGUAUUCUACUUUUUAUAUUGGUGAAAACAUCAACAGAAAAUCAGUGAAUUUCAAUUAAAUGAUCCCUAAGAUAUGAACCUGUGAGGACAAUUAAAGUACGUUUUGCUGCGCCCCAGAGCCACACUGUUGUUAUAAAAAUUAAUUCUCAAACGUAAAAAUAACAUGCCAAAGUGAUACGAAACUAAUGCAUGAUGUAGAAAACUCAAAUGCAUAAAUAUUAAUGCAAGUUGUAUCACAAUUCUUGUUUUUAUAGUUGUGGUUCACACUGAGGAGAUCAUUGUUCAGUGUAGCUUCAUACACUUGCAUCAUGAUGUUUGUUCACCAAACACAUCGAAGUUUGAUUUCAUUAUUAUAUUUAUGUUAUCUAAUUAACAGGUAUAUAAAUGGUCAAAUUUGACAACCAUUAGAGUUAAAAUUAAGAUUCAUAACCAUUUGAAAGCAGAUAUGGCUUUUUUUUUUACAGGCCGAUUGAUGUAUUAUCUCUGGUUGUCUAUUGGAAAGUAAAUUUGAGCAGUUUUACAGAUUUUCGUGAACUGUGAUUUCUUCACUUGUGACUUAUAGCUCGACUAACAAUGAACAUAUUGCAUACAGACAGAGAUGAUUUGUUAGUCGUAGGCAGAAUGAGUUUGAGAAACUUCCUGCACAAUUUGUUCUUUGAAUCUUUCUGAGCCAUGCAUUGAUUAAGAUUCCUGGUUUUUGUCUUAUUUGCGUCCUCAUUUUAAGAUGUUGCUUCAAAAGAGUCGUAUAUGAGUCCUCCACAGUACAAGGAUACAUUCAUUAAAACUGGUAUUAUUAUUGUGGCAGUAUACCCACAGAAAAACCCGCCAACUCUCUUUUGCAGCCCCAAAUACCCACAAGCAAACAAACAUGCUUUAAUCCCAGUGUUGUUUUCGUCAGGCAGGACGAAAACUUAAAUGACGACGUCAGACCCCUUUUUUCCUUGACGAAAAUGAGACUAAGACGAAUGUCACCAAAGCUCUGUAAAGACUAAAAUGUGACGAAAAUUGUAUUCAUUUUCGUCAGACGAGAACGAGACGAGACUAAAUUGUUAUUAGGUGGACGAACAAAGUUUCAAAACAUGCUUUUUUUUGUCCUAACAGUCACGCCCCCAUCACACACGCAUCAAAAGCCUCGCUCGCGCACAGCUGCGCGCACACACUCAUUCACAUACACAGAGCGGCAGGUGGACGAGGCGCGCGCACACACACACCGUGGCGGCAGGCACAGCAGCGGUGCCCGGUGGCCGAAAAAAGAGGGAUGAUUUCUGGUCCUACUUCAGAUACAGUCCAAGUGACAAUAAAAUAAAAGUGACAAUAAAACACGGGACGGGGAGACGAGACAGACGACAGUUGUGGAGCCACAGCUUCCUCAUGCUUCAAACUGUCGGGAAAGAACACCACGAACCUCAAAAGGCACCUUUACGUCGACUAAAACUAGACGAAAACCUUUUGAGUUUUGGUCGGACUAAAACUAGACGAAAACUAUCAAGGAUAGAAAUGACUAAAAUGGGACUAAAACGAAGAAGCAUUUCGUCAAAAUGACUAAGACUAAAACUAAAUCUAAAAUGCCUGCCAAAAACAACACUGUUUAAUCCCUGACUUUUAUAAGCUCCCAGCUGAUGCACCCGUGUCCUAUUGCUGCUCAGUAUAACAUUUGCUAAAACUGCAGUUUAAUUAUCUGUGGUUUCAUGUAUAAUCAGAAUAACUUAAGAAGAUAGUGCCGUGUGAGGAAGCAGAAAUAGUAUGAUACCAGUAAAACUUAAUUGGGCUUACUGGGAAAUUACAUUUAACACGUAUUUUUUUCUGAGAAGAUAAAGUCCAAGCAUGUUUAAUUAAAGUCUAAAAUGUCUCUUUCAUGAGGAGAAAAAUUAGACUGACUGUUCAAGGCACUGAUAAAGAAAAUAGUCCUGGGUAGAUUUUUGUAGUUGUUUUUAUUUUAUUUUUUUUUAAAUAAGAGAACUGAAGGUAAUCAUUUUUAUUUUGAGGGAGAGACAAGACUGAAUCUGUUUUAUUUACUGUAAACUGGUCAUCGUUUUCAGCAAAAUUCAAGAUAAACCAACUUAAAAAUGGAAUUAAGAUGAUUAAAGAUAGCCAUGGUAACAUUUCUCUCAAAGGCUUUCACUUUUGCUUAUUGCUGUUAAGUAUAAUUCAUUGACUGUAAGAGGUCAAAAAAGGACAUUAAUUAAUUUCAAUGGGAAACAAAAAAACUUGGCUUGAGUUUUUGUGGCCGAACCCCAAUGUGAUAUCUUUACAUGGAGCCCAUAACCCCACAGUAAAAGUGUUUUAGCUUAAGUUUAAAACUGCUUGAAAGAUGAAAAGAUAGAAGAGAUGAUGAAGUUAGAAUCAUUUUUUCCUCAUAACAUCUGUUCAUUUAGCUUCUGCCUCUGCUCUCUCUGUCCGCAGGCCAUCCAGAACCCAGGUGACCUCGCUCUUCAGGAGAAGGCCUGGAAUGCAGUGUGCCCCCUGGUGGCCAAACUGAAGCGCUUCUAUGAGUUUUCCCUCCGACUGGGUGAGCAUGGCGAAUACAUUUUUAUUUCUAUAGGAAUUUAGAUUUAACACUCGCUGGUGACAAUAUUGGAGGUAAAACUGGAGCUGUAAGUGCAAGUGAAAAUCCCAAAUAAAUGCAGGGAGUGUGACGUCAGCCACUUAUCAAAGUAAUUAAAAUACAUUAUUUUACCUUGAGAGAUGAAACACUGAAUUAGUUUGCAAAAGAGGAAACAAGAUGAGGUGAAAGCUGCAUCAUUGGCACUUCUGCUUUGUCUCUCUCUCCUUUAUCUGUUUAUUUGAUGUUAUUUGUGCUGAAGCAUUUCAGCUGAAACCUUCCUUUUUUGUAUUGUUGGCGUUGGAGAAAUAGAGUUAAUUGAACCACAGCACAGUGACGACACUGAACAUGUUUCUCUGAGCUUGAAAAAUGAGGCAGAUGAAUAUACAUGCGAACUGUAAUCAUUACAAGCAGCGGGAAAAAGCUCAUCUUGUACUCUGCUGCUUCACAGCUUCACUUCAUGUACCACCAGUAUGAUUUUUACAUGCAUUUCAGUUUGACAUCACAUACACUCACACAUGCACACACACUACAUGAUGUCCUCCCAGCCAUCUCUGCAGCAUCCUGACCUAGCAGGCAGGCAGCCGUUGCUACGGAAACAGUGGUACAUGUUCGUCCAGUACAGAGUGGAGAGAGAGAAAGAGAGAAGUAUGAGCAGAGAAAUGGAGUUUGGCUGCCGCCUCUGCUCUGCCUUCCAAUAAUACUUUGAUCUCGUGGACAUGGUGUUCUCAGCUUACUGUAGAAGGAGGGCUGACUAAUUAUUCAUGAUAAUGUAUCGGGGCUAAUGUAUCAGUACAACACAGAUCUUGUGGACACAGUCUUCCAGCCCUCAUUAAGGAUGAAAAAAGAGAUCAAAUCAGACAGCGAAAACUACAUGACCCAUCCUGUUUUCCUCCCAGCAGCAAACAACUUUUUCUAUUCAUGUGUCUGAUCAAAGAGGCAAUAAGAGGGUAAAAGGCCCCAUGCAAAGUAAACAAAACAGCUGCGGUGUUUCUCAGUCCAGUCUGAUGGAAUAAACCCUGGGGAUUCAGGGCUCAAGGUAACGUUCUGCGCUAACAGCAGGAGGGAGAGCGUGUUUCUGGCCAGGCCCUUUAGAUGAAACACUUCUCUGCUGUAUUUAUAGAAGGCCCUUAUGCAUAUUUAACACAGAGGAAGGGAUGGAGCCUCAAGGGACUCUGCUUCUGAGGCAUUACUGCGACAUACAGCCUCUGAGGUCUGGCUCUGGUGUCUGAUUAGUCAGAGGAACUAUAGCGCUGAAAAGGCUCAGGUUCAAUAGCAGAUGUGGCACAGUGGUAAUAUACGGUCACUGAUUCAGGGUCACGGUGAUCAGGGUGUUGGAUAAGUUGCAGUGUGAUCUCUUAGAGUAUAUGUUAAUCAAAUCUUUCAAAGAAAUCGAUUGCUAAUGCCUGUGGUCAUGGAGGGGGGAAAGUGAGCUCUUAAACCUUUGAAAAGGUCAAAAUUACUGUCAAGGCUGAGCUCAAUGUGUCAUAGAAAGACUUCAAAGUUGGUAGCCAUGUUUCCAACUCUGUGACUCCAUAUAUUUCUCUGAGUCGUGUGUAAAAGGACAUGAAAAAGAGAGCAAAAAAGGAGCUAAAGACUGGGAUGUGAAAGAUUGCCACGUGAAUAUCCUCUGUCCCUUUCUUUAUUAGAACAUGCAUUAUAGUAUGUGCAUUCUGGUCUUUCUAACAAGUGCUUUGACUUGAUACUCAGCAUGUAAGACUCUGCUGGUUCUUAAUGUAACCCAAACGUAUGGCCAUGGGAGUUAGCAUGCGAGGCUGACUGCUGCUUUGAUGAUAAUGCUAAUGUAAGCGUGCAUACAGUAGAAAAUGUGGCAUGUUAACAAUGUUUACAAUGUUCAGCUGCUUACAUUAGCAUACUAUUGUAGCUUAGCUGAGGCUGAAGUAAUGUAGCUGCCGUUAACUUUGGAGGCUCCCAUUAAUUCAGGUAUUGUACAUCUUGACACAUAUUAUUUGUAAAUAUAAAGCAGAUAGACUGAAUAAUUUUGUAUCUCAAAAGAGAUUUUUCUAGAAUGGUCUUUGUAUGACCUUGUUUGCAUGCAAAAUAAGGGGUUAAAAAAAUCAAAUCUUACCAGAUUAUCUCAGUCUGCUCCCUAUCUAUCUCAUAACAGCAUUGCUCUCAUUGAAUUUCUCCUUGGAGAUCAAUAAAGUUCUUCUUCUUCUUCCUCUGCUAAUUUUAAGCUAGCAUCAUCUGCUGCUACACACACACGGAUGGUCACUACAUUUUGCAAUGCUUUAUGGGAAAUUUUGAGUCACCAAUAUUGGGCAUUGGAAUUGAUCACUGAGGUUUUGGACACCCCUCAAAAUGGCGCUUACCCCCAUGUAGUCACCUAUAUGGGGGUUAGGGAUCCGGACACAGCCCUUGAUUAAUCAGUUUGUCCAAUCAUGUAAGACAGGAAAUAAAGAAGCCGCCUUAAGUUCAGGAAGUAGUGGGUCGGUGCAUAAUACCCAUUCUGACAGGGUCAAGUUGAACUGUGCAAGAUUAAGUCUUUGGUUCUACUGCAUGAAGUUUGACCUUUUUCUGAGUCAAUUUUCAUUAUUAGAGAGUAAGUCUAAAUGAGGGAGGUACUUUAAAAAGAUUAUUGAAGUCAUUUCAAAAUAUCCUGGUGGCAUCAUGACUAUAUUAACCGAAUUUCAUGGCAGUCCAUGAAGUUACAGCUGCUGCUAUGUUUCACUCUGGACCAAAGUGGCAGGCUGAUCGAUUAGCAGACCAUGACUCCCAACCCUGGAGCUAUCACACUAUAGCCUAGCUAAAAAUAUCUGUGAAAUAAAGACUCCCCAUGCUAAGUGUUAGACAGAUGUGUAGCUCUAAAGCCUGAGGGCUGUGAUGGUAAAUUUUUGACCGAAUUGAAUAUCAAAUCUCAGCCAGAGGGCCCCUCUUUGAGGACAUAAACCCUUUACUCUGAGAGGUGAUCCAAAGGUCUACCACUUGAAAGUGCUAGGUCCAUUUUGAAAAGCAUGCAUGGUGUGAAGUGAUUUCAACAGUCUGAACCCCUUUAAAGUUUGCUGCUUUGAUUAUUUUUCAUUUGGUGACAAUGAAACUGAUGACACAUCCAAGCAAUAUUUAAGAGACUGACAACAGUCCAAAUGCAAUGACAUUAAAAAAACUGCACUGUUGUAUUUGUAUGAAAUGCAGAUUCCAGUUUGCACAUCCCUAAAGUAAUGGUAUUUUUUUGCAGAGAACGCCCUGCGUAGUCUGUUGGAGGCACUGACCAGCCCGCCGUACGCUCCCAUGCAGCACCUGGAGAGAGAGCAGGCUCUGGCCAAACAGUUUGCUGAGAUCCUUCAUUUCACGCUCAGCUUUGACGAACUAAAGGUGAAGAGAAUUCAUUCUCGGUUUAAUUACAGCCCCCCCGGACACUGACCUUUAAUGUACUGAAAAAUCAAUAUUCUCUGUGAAUUGCUUUUUGAAAACCAACAUCACUUCUCCUGUCUCAAUGCAGAUGACAAAUCCAGCCAUUCAGAAUGACUUCAGUUACUAUAGGAGGACUAUAAGCAGGAACAGGCUGAACAACCAGCAGGUGAGUUGGAGAGACAAGAUUGGAUUCAGGCUUUUUGUGUUCCCUGUAUGGUGCAGCUGGGCUUCAUUUUCUGGCUGAACUGCAGGUGUUACUAUCCAUACAGAGACUGUAAAAGCACUCUGCAAAGAUUGGCUGCUUUGUUACAGAUUACUGGACUAAGUGUGGGGGAUUAUGUUUUUGAAGAAUACAAUAUCUGGCUUGUUUUGGCUUGCAGCUGGAAGCAGAGAACGAGGUCAACAAUGAGAUGGCUAACCGGAUGUCCCUGUUCUACGCUGAAGCAACACCCAUGCUGAAGACUUUGAGUAACGCCACCACCAAAUUUGUUUCAGAGGUAAUUCAGAGAACAAGUGUGCUUUAUCAAGACCUGGUGAUUUAUAAACUGAGCUGCAGUCCAAGUGCAACUAGUAAUUUUUGUUACUGCGACUACAAGAAACACUCAAGUUUAAGUAAUAAAAGGUGAUUUAGAGAGCAUCGGGAACGGGUAGAAGUAGCAUUCAGGUUAGUUUUCUCCACUAAAAAAUGAUAGUUUACAUAUAUAUACAUAUAAUUUAUGUAUGUAUGCAUAUAGGUACAGUACAAGUCUGGGUAUAUAUGUAUGUUGCUGACAUGUAAAUGUGUAAAGAAUUCUUUAUUUGGGUUUUUUCAUUUCCAUUUCUUUUGAAAAAUGAAAUAAGAAGGAGAAAAAAUGCAGUGCUCCUUUUGGACAUAAUUGUAUUUAAAUCAAAACUGUAUGAUCAUUUCAAUUAAGUUAUAAAAAAAAGACAAGAGACCUAAAGUGGGUGAGGAAAAUUAUGAAAGUGUUUUAAGCAAAACUGAAUGCUCUUUUAAUAUGAAUGUUAAACAUUUAAUAGUUUAUCAAAAUUCAAAGUUUAUUGGACUUAAGUGGAGUUGUCCGUUAAAUUAGCAUGUCAUGCAUCACACUGAACCUCAAAUUUGUAUUUUUAGAUAAAUCUUAAAUAAAUGUGCUUAACCACAUUCUUAACUUGCAUAAAUUGAAUUAACUGUAUUUGUCAAACACAUUGUUUAUUUAUAGGUAAAUAAAAAAAAAAUGCUGAGAUUUGAUGUGAAUCUCAUCAAAUCUUGUUGAGAUCAAGCAUUGCAAAUAAAUCCCAGUAUCAAAUAUGACAAAGUAAAGAUUAACUUUGACAGUAAAAAAUCCUAAAGCAAAUAUAUGACUCCACACUGUGCUCUAUUGUGACACAUUUUUGAUGAAUAUAUAGAAUAUCUAUCAUACAUCACAUGACAAUAUAAAAUUCAAGUGAUGAAAAAGCUUAAAAAAAUUAACCAAAAUCAACUUUUACAUUUAUACUCAGAAAUAUAAAUGGUUGAAAACAGGAUUUUACCUCCCUAGUAGAAAACAAUGCACUAAUAUGAGAUUUGUUGAUUAGGAAAAAGUAGACUUGUAGACUUCACCACUGAUUUACCUCAGUGCCCACACUGGACUGUUCCGUGAAAACUUCCCUUCUCUCCCUGCGUUUUAUUUCCAAACACUAUUUUAGGAGGCAGCAAGUUUUAAACUUUGCACAUCGGUGCAUCCUGACAGCUCAGCUUUUGAGAAAUCCUUUUGAGACUCAUGUAAAAUGUAGAUGACAUGCAGGUCACGGCUGUGUUUUAGCAAAGUGGCGUGCAGACCUCAAACUUUGACUGAGCUCUGACAGUGUGCUCUGUCCCCACCUUGUGGUCAAAGAUCUGCUCAUGGAGGGAAAAGUAAGACUGACAAAAACUAACAUAUCCCUCUGAUUUUCUCUGCCAAUUUUUUCUUUCCAGAAUAAGACCUUGCCCAUCGAGGACACCACAGACUGUCUGAGCACCAUGGCGUGUGUGUGCCGCGUGAUGCUGGAGACUCCGUGAGUACUUCCUAUUGUUUCUCCCUCCUCAAGCAUCUAUCUCUCAUCCUUGCCCUCUGCAAAGGCUGAAGACCAAGAUUUCAAUUGAAAAGCCUUUUCAAAGUGAAUACAAAAGAAAUCUUCUCAAGUCUGAGCUGCUAAUGAAUAAAACUGAGUGAGAGAGCCCUUCAUGGUUGAUUUUAUACGUUUGAACUUUUAAAAUAGCCGUAUUUAUGUGAAUAGUCAUCUGCAACUUGAUUAAAGACAAAAAAACAGAGGUUCUAAGAAGAACUGCAGCAUUUUCUGAGGGUCACCCUGAUCCAAUAUACUCAGGCUUAUUAAUUUCUCAAUCAUUUAAACUGCUUCCCUCUGUGACCGCUUCUUCUAGGGAGUACCGCUGUCGAUUCACCAACACAGACACCAUGCUGUUCUGUAUGAGGGUGAUGGUGGGAGUCAUCAUUCUUUAUGAUCACGUUCACCCUGUCGGGGCCUUCGCCAAGACCUCUAAAAUUGAUGUAAGUGCUAAUCCAGCUAAUCCUCAUGUCGAUUUUUAUCUCUCCAGGAUGCUCAGCAACACUUUGGUCAGAACAGAUGUCAUUCUGGUCAUAAAAUAAAAAAAAAGAUUCACAGAAAAGUUAAAGAGUGUUUCAGAUCUGCAGCAGUAGAGUACACACACAGACCUUGAAUUAAAAAUCCACAAAUCCACAAAUGAGCUUUAAGUUUAUUAGUUCUUGACUGAUAAUGUGAUAUGGUUUCAGAAACUUAUUUAUGUGUUUUUAUGUGCUAGGAAUCAAUUUUAAGUAUCCAUCUUUUGACACUUCAUGAUAGUCUGGAGGAUGAAGAGGAACACUUGAAGGCAGUAAAACACGCUGUAAAGCUGCCCGGUUCCACCUUUAAAAGCUGCCAAGCUGUGAAAUUAUUUAGUGACUCUGUGAAUCUGUGGAAAGUUUUCAUGUCCCUGUAAAGGUACCGUACGUAGAAAAUGGGAGUAUUUAUCAGUAUUUAUCAGUAUUUAUCGUGAGAUCAGAUCCAAGAGUAAAACACUCGCCAUGCCCUCUGGUGAAGCUUUAAAAGCAAGGAUGGUCUUUAAAGUCCCACUACGAUCAUUUUUUUUACUACCUGAAGUGUUCUCAGUGGUUUUUAAAUUAUGAUUAUGAAGUUUUUGGCCAAAAUUGUGUUACUUGUGUCAUUUUCAAGGGCUUUUCUUCUGCAGAGCUCCAGUAGAUCAUUAGCAUUUCCCCCCAAAUUCGUGGGCGGAGACAGCGCUGCUCUGCACACUCCUCUUCAUGUUAGCUUGUCGCCUAACAUUGCCGGUGUUGUAGAAGUGGCAGGUAACAUAGGAGCUAUUCAGCUCUCGGACACUAAUGUCUUUGGGGACACGAUGAAAGUUAACAACAUAAUUAGCUUUCUUACGAGCAUUGCAAUCUGCUAACGCACACGCUUGUUCUGCAGUCGUCCUCUAUAUGCAGAGUGUGGCCUGCGUAGCUGGGCUCGGGGGCGGAGCUUGGAUUAGUUGCGUAUGAACUCUCGCUGAACCUGCCGUUUGGGUCUGCCAGAGAUUCACAGCAAUUUGAAUGAAGAAAUACUAAGAAAAGCAAUUUCAUCUGUCCUGUAGCAUCAGAAAAAUGCCAUAUGAACAUAUAAAAAACAAGAAAAAGAUGAUUUUCAUCAGAGUGGGUCUUUAAAGAAAGAAGUCUCUACAGUGCAUGACAAGUAUGAUUCUCCAUUUGUCAAGUUUUUACUCUAAAAGACUUCCAUCAAGUUUUAUCUCAUUUUAUUUUUCCCUAUCUAUUGUGCUUCUCUCUUAUUAUUUAUUGUAUUUUUAUCUUGCUGUGCAGCACUUUGGAAACUUUGCAUUUGCUUAAAUCGUGCUAUAUGAAUAAAAUGGAUUGGAUUGGAUUUUGUCUUUUAACCGAUGAUUUGGAAACAUUAGCUUAGAGGGGCUUGUAGUACCACUUAAUACAGGGUGUAGCUUGUACAAGUGAAGGGAAUCUGGUGAAAAUAUUUUCUAUAUUUCCACUUAACGAACACAAAACUGAAAAUGUAAAGCAGGAAUAAGGCAAGGCUUAACUUUGUAAGCUAACUACACUGAAUAGCUGAGUUCCGUUUUUAAUGGUCGGUAUUUUUUGUGCGGCUGCCGCAGCUGCAGCAGCGGGGGAUCAGGUGGAUCUGAGGCUGCUGACCUUUCUCAAACACCUUGUUUUCUCUUUGUGCCGCACAGAUGAAGGGCUGCAUCAAGGUGCUGAAAGAGCAGCCGUCCAACAGUGUGGAGGGACUCCUGAACGCACUGAGGUGUGUGUGAAUCUGUCUUUGUGUUCCACUGAUCAACAGAAACAUGAUACACAUGCUGAUUUCAGAAUCUUUUGUCACUUUGUCACCAUCUCCUUUAGGUACACGACACGGCAUCUAAACGACGACAGCACCUCCAAACAAAUCAGGGCCCUCCUGCAAUGAAGACGAGGAGAGAGGAUGAAGAGAGUGCACUUGAAGAAGGAAACGAAUGCCAGUGGCUGAUUAACCUGUUUGUUUACAACGAACAAAGAGAUUCAUCUCCAGGUUUACAGAAACCUGAUGAUAAUAAGAAGAGGAUAAUAAUUAUAUAUAUUGUCAGCUGUCCAUCAUUCUGUCUCUCAUUUUGUAAAGUAAGAAAAGAGAAAAAAAAAAGCCAGAAGAUAUAGAUAUAUAUUAACACAAGUGAAACAAAAGCUGCAGAUGAAAACUAAGUAGGAUUAAAGAGGAUGCUUUAUUGCAAAACUUAAGGUCAGAACUGAAGAAAACUGAAAAUGUAACAAAAAAGGGUUCAUGUCAGUAGUCUGAUGAGUAUUUUUGCACACACUUUAAAAAUGUCAUCUCCUUUCUCCUGAAAUCUGAUCCCAAACUGAUCCCAGAGACUUCCUUGUGCCCUCUCACACACCCAGUUUUACCAAAAGGAGUUUAAGCACUGUUUCCUUCCACUGCACUGACCUCCGAUUUAUUAUGAAGCAAUGUGAUGGAUACACUCCGGAGAUUUGCUUCUGCCUCUUUUGUUCAUUUUCUACAUCAGUGCAGCUGAAGGAAAAGAGGUAACAGCAUGAGCGGUCUUCAUUUUCACCCUGAUUUCUUCCUCAUUCCCCAUCACUCUCACCCCUAUUUCACGACCACCCAACCAUCCGCCCAUCCAGCCAUGGGAUAUGCAGUUGUCCCUCAACACAGAGUUACUCUACCAACAUUUUGUGCCCUGAUGCUGUAAAUGUUCCAGCACAAACAUCUUGUGAGUUGUCUGGCUUUACUUGAACAAUGCCGUUCACUCUUUUCUCUUUUCUCCAUGGUGCUAAUGUGGUUUAGAAAUCACAGUACAAUUUACUUUUUAGAAACCAUGAAAAAUAAGUUUGAUUAUCCCUUUUUUUUUGCACUAAGAUGUUUAACUCAAGGCCUGAAAGCAGAUUUCAGUUAUGUGACUUUACAUCAGUGCACAAACAGGGACGAAUGAUCUGCAGGAUUCAAGAAAGGCAUAUUCUAGGAAACCACAGCACACUUACUUCUUCACCCAGUGCCAAAGCUGAUUGGUUUAUGCUUUUAUUACAUCAUUGAGACAGACUUGAAAAAAAGGGGGUUUGAGGGGGGAUGAAAUCUUCUAGUUUAACAUCUUGAGUCAUCACUUUAAAUAACUUUGAGAGUUAGGAGCAGCCAAGAACUUUAACUGUAACACACAAGUCAAAAGGCGGUCAUAUUUACACAUGUGCAUUUUAGGGGGGAGAUCUGAGUGUUCCAGUGUAAAUAUGUGAGGUUUUUUUCUCUACAGGCAUCUACAUGGUCAGCUUGGGUCCUCAAGGAAAAACACAUCUAUCUAUGACUGAGGUUCUUAUUUUAGUUGUUCAAGAACUUAGUAACUGAUUAAGUGGGAAAUAAAAAUGAGAAUAAAAAAGAUUCAAAAGGAGAUUAAAAGAAGUGCUGUACUUUGGAUGUCUAUAGCCCUUAGUCUAAUUUAAUUUGAUCUUAUAAUAUAUUUUCUAUACAGGGGUAUGUGCACAAGCAUAGUCUGUAUAAAUAUAUAGAUGGCAUGUUGUAAAAGUUCUGACAGAAAUGUGUAAAUAAGGUGUUUUUAUUCAUUUUUAAUUGUUCAGUGACGCUGAAAUUGGGUAUGUGUUGUCUCUCAGAAUUACCAUGCGUUUGGCUUGGACCAUCGGACUUGCCGUAGUCAUAGGUUUCAGAAAUUCAGCUUCAUUAUGGCGAAUGAACCAGAGGGAGGGAAGGGAUGAUACAGGGGCGGGAUGGGGCUGUCCAUUUGCUUGUUAUUUUGUACAUUUUGUGCAACAAUAAACUUGUCAUUUAUUACAUUCAAACAUUGA